CGUUUGGGCUUUGGCAACGUGGUUAGAGUUUAAAGUUGAUGUUUAAAAGAAGAUAAUCUUCCGUUUCUCUUGUGUUGCUUUAGCGUUUCAAGUGCAAUGAAAUUUUUAGCUGUAAUAAUAUUCAUAAUUGUUGGAUUACUUUCUUGGAGAAGUAGUUGCCAAAGUGUGAUUAUUGGUUCUGAGAGCAGUUUGAAUGUGCUUGAUUAUGGAGCCAUUGGUGAUGGCAUUACAGAUGAUUCUCGGGCAUUUUUAAGUGCGUGGAAAGAUGUAUGUUCAUGGAAUGGCGAUACAAGAUUGUUAUUCACCAUUCCUCAAAAUUACAAUUUCUUGCUCUACCCAAUCACUUUUAGAGGCCCUUGUAAUUCCCAAAAUGUUCAUUUCUUGAUAAUGGGAACGAUAGUGGCUCCCAAGUCCCCAAGCAUAUGGGCCGAAAGAGAUGAAAGUCAAUGGAUUGCAUUCCAAGAUGUUAUUGGGCUUCAAGUUUAUGGGCCUGGAAAAAUUGAUGGCAACGGAAAGGCUUGGUGGGAUCAAUCUUGUAGAGAUCAUCCAAACCUGGAAGGGUGCAAAGACUUAGCCCCCACAGCAUUGAAGUUAAUAUCAUGCAAUGGAGGGUCUCUAAGCAAUAUGAAGUUUACCAAUAGUCCCCAGUCUCAUGUCCUCCUGCUUGGCUGCAAUGGCUUUAGAGUUGACAAUUUAAAGAUAGAGUCUCCAAGGGACAGCCCAAACACAGAUGGCAUUCAUAUCCAUUCUUCUCACCAUAUUACCAUCACCAACUCCAAUAUUAGCAGUGGGGAUGACUGCGUCUCAAUUGGGGACUACACUUCUGAUGUCUUUAUAAAUAAUGUUGCAUGUGGUCCGGGCCAUGGAAUCAGUAUUGGAAGCUUAGGGAAAUCUGGAAAUUUUGUGCAAGUUGAGAACAUUCAUGUUAGCAAUGCUUUCUUAUAUGGGACAACAAAUGGAGCUAGGAUCAAAACAUGGCAGGUUGGGAGAGGGUAUGUAAAAGAUGUAAUUUUUGAGAAUCUUUUCAUGAACUCUGUUGACAACCCCAUCAUCAUUGAUCAAUUUUAUUGCGAUGGUCGAGAAUCUUGCCAAAAGACAAUGGGGAGUGGGGGAGUGGAGAUAAGUGGAGUUGUGUUCAGGAACAUAUAUGGAACAUCGAGUACAGACGUGACGGUAAACCUCAAUUGCAGUAGAUCGACGCCCUGCACCGACAUAACGUUGCAGUUUGUUCAGUUGGGCUCGGCCUCGCCUGGAAGUCUCGUCUCGGCCCAUUGUGACAAUGCCUAUGGCCAGGAAUUUGUGGUCGUGCCUGGUCCUUGUUUGCUUGAUUCCUAAUUCAUUGACUAUUUUCUUUAAGCAAGAUUGACAUUAUCAGAGACGAUCAUUCACAAACAAUCAUUAUCUGUGUCGU